AUGGUGAUCUGCCCCAGUAUCUGCCCCAGUAUCUGCACCGGUAACUGCCCCAGUAUCUGCCCCAGCAUCUGCACCGGUAACUGCCCCAGUAACUGCCCCAGUAUCUGCCCCAGUAACCUCCCCAGUAUCUGCCCCAGUAUCUGCCCCAGUAUCUGCCCCAGUAACUGCCCCAGUAUCUGCCCCAGUAACCUCCCCAGUAACUGCCCCAGUAUCUGCCCCAGUAACUGCCCCAGUAACUGCCCCAGUAACUGCCCCAGUAACCUCCCCAGUAACUGCCCCAGUAUCAGCCCUGAGCAAACAGUGAGCAGACGCUCCUCUGCUAAAUGGCUCUGCCCUGACCGAAGGACUUUAACCAUUGACCUAGAGGGAGGGAGGGAGGGGUGGUAG